AUGGUGAGUCAAAGAUGAUCAAAUGCUUUCCUUUUAGCAUUCAGGUGUUCUUGUGAAGUGAAAUUAUAUUUCAAUAACAUUUCGUACAUUAAAACGAGACACAAACAGCAAUCAUUUCGAAACGCAGUCCAUCGAAUUCUUGCAGCAAAAUUUAAGAAUUAUAUUAAUCUUUCCCUGUUUCAAAAAAAGGCGACACAAAGCUGACUUAAUCGAGAGCAUUUCACAAAAAGUUAACGCUUCUUUCGUGAAAAUUUUGCCUCCUACAUCUUUAUGUGCUUCAGUGGUUGCUGCAGAAUUUUUAUCCACCAUUGAAGUAAUAUGCAGCUAAAAGCAGCAGAUGAAAAGACAGUUUACGGCGUAAAUUUUGCUUCUGAAAAUAUAUAACUAGAAGCAAAUGGUUUUGAAUCUUUAGAGUCUUACAAUUUAAAUUUCCUUUAAAUUCGUGGAUGAAAGUUCGCCAGAAUCUUCGAGACGAAAGGGCGUUCAGACGCUUGUAAACAAUCAGAAAAAUCCCUUGAAUAUUUACCAAUAUUAGCUUUAAUUCUUUUUGUUUCUACUUGUUUCAUUAAUUAAUCUUAAGCAAAUUGCAGGACGAAUCCGCAAAAAUAGUUAAAUUUGUACAAUUUAGAUGGAUAAAGUUUGUUUGGCGAAGUAAGUUUGUCCACUAACUACACAAAAUAUUUGCAUAAGUCGGCAUCGUUCGUCACGCAACAGUGCUUUUCAAUGCAGUUAAAAUUGGUUUUUCAAAACAGAACCCCGAAAAAAACUCCUGUAUAUAUUCUAUUCAUGCCUCGUCGAUUCGCACCUCAUAUUUUCUGCUUAUCACUUCAAGGAGAAGAAACUUCGAGACAACUUCAAUACUGCUUGCAGUUUAUGCAAAAUUUACAAACACACCCAUUGCGGUUAAAAAGUCUUGUUCAAUCAGGCAUUUAUUUCUCUGCUGAAUGAUUUCGGCUUUCCAAUAUUUAAAAAACAAAACAAAAUUUCCACUUGAUAGCACAUGAGUCGUGCAAAACAAGGCGGGGCAAGAGUGUACGACUCUGACAAAUCGAUGUCGCAUUCUUCAGAGCCAUUCACAUAGUAGAAUCAAAUAGAUUGUCAGGUAAUGACGAAUAUUGGCACUUUAAGGUGGCACUUUCCAUUCUGGCCUCGCCGACAUUAAAAGAUAUGCAAAAGUGGAUGUAUUUAAAUCUACCUAAAAUCCAAAAUGCGGAAAGGCAGGGAAUACUUCUGCAGUUAUUUUUGUACUUUUAAUGAUAAUAAUGUUAUUAAUUAUAAUGCUAAAUAAUAAUAAUAAUUUUAAUAGUUUUAAUAAUAAUAAUGAUAAUGAUAAUAAUACCUGUAAACCUGUAAACAUUGAAUAUAAGCUACUGUAAUAAUAUCUUAAGUGGAGAUUCUAAUGCUUGUAGCAGUAAUAGAAGGAAAUUAAAUUGUUGAAAUAAGUAAAAUGUUCCUGAAUACUUGAUUUCAUUGACUUUCAUGCACACUUAAGUAAGGUAUUCAUAAAAUGAUUAACUAUUACUCAAGUGUUUCUUUACACUGCGACAAAACGUGCUAUAGUCACUGAUGUUAAUUCCUCAUGGAUGUUGGGAUUUCAUUAAAUCUGCAGUUGCUGUAUGCUGAAAAGUUUGGCCAAUGAGGGUUUCAUUAUCUGAGACAUAUAGUUUUGUUUUGCACUGUAAUCAAUACUGAGCUAAAAUAAUUUGAGCUGACUUCAAUAGUUUUUAGAAAGUGAAAAUUUGCUGAAAAUUUGUCGUUGCCUUUUAAUUUGGAGGUAAUGAACCAAGUGAUGGUAAAAUUGAACAAUGAAAGCUAUCUAGAUAAGAAUUUAACCAACUGUUUCACCUCGUUACCCACAGAAGCAAACGUUGAAUCGAAAAACUAUUUAUAAAGUUUGUACGGUGACAGCAAUUAAAUCCAUUGUUUAAUAAAAUGGGAUUUUUAUUACUUCAACGCCUAAAAACGUUUUUUGUAUUGAAAUAGUCGUCAAAGUAUGAAUUUUGAAAGUAACUGGUGUUUCCUUUUGUAUCAUCUCUCAGGCCAAGUUCAGCGAGAGGGAGAAGAAACGUAAGUAAAGUAAAAAACAUGUUUUAGACAAUGUAAGCGCAAACUGCAAAGUUACUUUUACAGUCAUUUCUAUCGCGAAACAGUAAUUCAAAUUCAUUUUCUUUAGAUAACACUUCUUGGCUUAUCUGUUCAACAAAAAAAGUUUUAGUUGACUCAUUUUGUGUAUUGUUUCAAUCACAACCAGAUUUCCGUGAGGCCUUCGAACUCUUUGAUCACGAUGGCAGCGGUUUCAUCACCACUGACGAGAUUGGAGUUGUCAUGAGGAGACUGGGACAGAAUCCGUCCCCAUCGGAAUUGGAAGACUUGAUCAGGGAUGUGGAUGCCGAUAGUAAGUGAAAAUUUUGAUACUCUAGCUCUGUCUAACACAUUUGCAAAACCAGUGACAUGAUACAGAAAUAAAGACAAAAGAACAGUCAUGUAAAAAAGAACAUAUUUCCAUUUUCAACGCUCAAAGCUUACCAUCUUUAUUAAUCCGUUCAGUCUCGACGCUGUCGAUAUGGCUGAUCCUAGCAUUAUUAAUACCCUAAUUCAUCCGUCAUAGUUUUUAGAAAGUGUAUUUAAAUAUAUAAAUAUUUGAUUUGAUUUCUUUCAAAGAAACUCCUGUCGGCUGAAACUCUUUUCUAUUGUUCUUCAUUUUCCUCGAGAGGGCAUAUUCCUCAAACCGCUUAUCAGCGGACUGAGAAAUGUUUUGGAAUUACUUAUUGAAAUUCAGGAACUGUGAUUGUGACCAUUAAACUUGCAUUUUAAAAGAUUAACCUACCGAGUUCCUAUUUAUGAACUCAUUAUCGACCAAUCAAUAUAUAACUUAACGAGUCUUCUCAUUCAUUAUUAUAGACAGUGGCCACAUUGACUUCAACGAGUUUCUAGUCAUGAUGUCUCAGACAAAAGAGAAAGGUCAGCAGGCGGAAUUGCGCCAGGCCUUUAGGCUCUUUGAUGCAGACGAUGAUGGUUUCAUCACAUUUGAGGAUCUGAAGAGAGUUAUGCGUGUCACUGGAGAAAGUUUGUCGGAUAAAGAAUUGAAAGACAUGUUCACAAAGGCAGAUAUUAACAAGGAUAGCCUUGUUGAUAUGAAAGGUAAAGUUUGUAGUUUCUGAAAAAGGUAUACACAGAUAGGGUUCAGAAAUAGGAAGGUAGUAUUUGGUCACUUUAGCUUGUGAGCAGGCCGUCAUUAUAAGCGUAGCAGGCUGCACGUUUCACCGCCUGUGGGAAGGUUUGAGUCGAGUCGGGAAGAGGUUUUGCCGGAAGUCUGGAACUAAGGAGUAAGUGCUAGACCCCUCGCAGACCUGUCAACUGUUCGCGUUGCUUUAAGUCUCAUAAUUUCCCGCGGGUUGAGAAAUGUUCAUGCUGAAGCGCCAAUAAUGGGGGUCUCCUCUCAGGCUAAGGCCAGUUAGGCGGUAUUGUCUCUCGUGUAUCUUACAACCUUACCGUGCUAAUUUUGCUAUCUCGCUCAACGCCAGAACGAUAGAGUAAGGCGUAGAUCACCAGAAAUAAAUGUAUACCAUUUCCUUUAUCGAGACCACUUCGGCAACUGUAUGCUUCAUGUAUCUGUAUAUGAGCCCUCCUCGACGUUUGAGCUUCGAUCAGGCCAGCUAUACAUGGUGCGUAACGCAUUCCAAAUCACCUCCCCCUUGCUCGAGAUCGAUAUAGCGAAGCACAACAACGUCGUUGCUUAGCAAUGUUUUUCAUCAUAGUUUUUAUUUAUUUUCAUUUUAUUAUUUUUCCUAUCUUUCUGCAGAGUUCACCAGGAUUGUGAGCAACGACUAAAUGGACUUCUGUGCCAUAAAUUUAAAUAAGCCAAUGAAUGAUUUGCAGUUUUUGUCUUGUCAAACUGCUGAGUUCAAAUAUUGCUAAGGUUUAACACUCGUUUGAAUGCAUACGUACCUUUUGUUUUGUAAUCAAUCAGGCUUUGCCUGUUUAGAAAGCCGGGGUUAGAUGAAAUAUUAUAAAGGCUUGAUGUUAGCGAUGUUAAAAAUAAAAUACUGCUUUGUGUUUCCAUUCUGGUUUCUUUUAUCUUAAAUAGAUUAAUCGGACUUGUAUGUUCAGUCCUAGUGGCGGUUCGAUGCUUAAGGUAAUGAACCCUAACUCCCAAUCGAGAUGGAUUUUUGAAUUCUCCUUGCAAUUUCGAUACAUUGUUCUCCUCUCCCUUCUUCGCUCUAUUUUAAGAUAUCAAAGUGGUAAUUCAGUGUGCGACAGGCGCACAGUGGAAGAUGGGAAGGGCUUCUCCGUCGCCUUGGUAGUUCUAGUCCUAGUCUCCCGAUCGAAGCCCCAGAGAGGUCUGAGGACGAAACAAAUUAUCCAUCAAAUACAUGAUGCACGAGAAUUAAAAAAAAAAAAAAAAAAAAAAAAAAAAAAAAAAGAAAAAAAAAAGAAAGUGAUGAAACUUAUAAGCGAAAGAGUGUUGUCUUGGCAAAACAGAAAAUUUUCCGAGCUGGUUUUUCGAGAAAAAGAAAAAAUUUAGGGGAGAGUUACUAGUCAGAUAGCGAGCUAGGAAAAAUUGAGAUAACACUUUGACUGAUUACUACUAACGUGAAUGGCAGCUGCGUUUCCUAAGCAGACUAGCUGAGAAGUCUUAAAUCUGCAUAAUUCCACGUCAUUUUUUUUGUGGGAAAACCUUACACUGAAUUUGUAAAGAAAAUGUGUUUUACAGACACAAUGCCCAACACGAAACUUUAAAAAACAUAUUUUUUCUUAGUUUGACUUACAUUCUGUCAAAACAACAUUAAUUAUUCAACAUGAUAUUGUUGAGUUACAAAAAAAAAAAAAAAAAAGAAAAAAGAAAAAGAAAAAGAAAGAAAAAAAGAAAUUGAUGUAACUUAUUAGCGAAAGAGUAUUCUUGGCAAAAGAGCAGAUUAUCCGAGCUUUUCGAGUUAAAAGGAAAAAAUUUAAGUUUUAUAAUUAUCCAAGCAUGCAUGCAGUGAAAAAUUUGGCAAACCUAUGAAUGCAAUAGGCGUGUAUCAGUAAAUUUCCGAAAUUUCAUUGCAACUUGAAACAUGUUCGAGACAACCAGAAUGGUCCCUUCUGCCGACGUUUCUAGAACCGCAAAUUACCGUAAAAAGAUAUGGAUAGAAAGAAAAGAACAGCGUUUUUUUUCAAGAGAUCAUCGCACCGUAAUGAUGGAAAUUUUGGCAGCGAACCACCUAACUAGGCAUGCAAACAAACUUUUUGUCAUAUGGACGUGUGCUCAUUAAUAUAUUUAUAAUGUCUCUUUUUGUGAUUAUCAAUAAGACAGAUAUCAGCUCGAUUUCCAUUUUGACACCUGCACCCAAGAGUUACUGACCACAAUCUGUUGUACGGAACCUACCUCUUCCCGGACAAUUUUAUUGCAACAUAAUGGUGAGUUGCUGAAUUGUAACAUGCCGAGUUAGAUUUAUUAUUUAGUGCACAAUUGUGGAGGCCAGACAAGAGGAAUACUUUUGGCGUGAGCAUUUACGUUCCUCCUUGCGUUUUGUAACUGAUAUGGCUGGCGGCUAGUACUAUAGAAUUUUUUCAGAGCUACUUCCAUAAACGUUGAGGGUCUCUAAGAACUUUUUUUUUCUCUUUCACUGACGCGAAACGAAGACAACACCGUUUUCCCCUUCACGUUUAGAAUUGAGUAACAGAAGUGCUGUGUUAGCGGAAAUGGACGCGUGGUGAAAACCUUACUGCUUUGUGACAGAAUGAAAAUAAUGAAAUUUUUUUCUAAAGAAUCUGUUGCCGUGUUUCAAACUUUACCUGGGUCGUUUUUAAAGGAUUAAGACAUCCUUAAAAUCUGCAUUUCUCGUUUUAUGUAUGUUUAAUUUAAAUAUGAUUUUAUGUUAACUUGAGACGGACGAUGUUUUUUAGUGUUAAAGUGGAUACUCGUUUGAUUGAUAAGUUGUUUUCAAUAACGUCAAAUAGCCCCUUUCGCUAUAUGCUUUAAUUAGAAAGAUUCUCGAAAAGCGCUGCUCUCAACCAUAUUAUCAUAGUUUGACUUUAUAUUAAAGACCCAAAUUAACGCUUUUUGCCUCUGACAUACAACAAUUCUGCUAAACACUCACUUUAAAUUAUUUAGCAACAAUCAUCAAGCCGUCUUAGGAAAAAAAUUGUGCGAUGUUUAUCAAUUAUAAUUGUUGCUGUGGCUGUAUUGUCUCACUGUAUGUCCGUGACACAAAGAGAACUUUAUAGGAUGUUCUGGACAUCAGUUUAACUAAAAAAAAAAGCGUGAAAUUGAACAAAAAAAUCGAUCUCAACGGACAAUUCCAUCACAUGUAACUUGUAACUUACGGUCCCUCGUUUUACAUGUCCACACUUAUAACAACACUAGCUGUGAAACGUAAAUUUGGUUGGAUUAUUCAGCCACAAUAUUUUGGCUCUGCCUUAUCUCCAGGUUGUGACACUAAUUGCGAGUUUGUUAGAAAUUUUAACCGGUUAUCUCAUCAGCGAGUCACGUUAUCUGUUUAUCGAAAUAGUAACCAUGCUGUUAGCCGGCUGUUGGUAAAAUACUGUAAUUAGCAUGCGAUGACAAUGAAAAUUUUAGAACUCUUUUUCCAGCCUUAGGGCGAAUUCGAAUUCAAUGGCCCAUACAGCAGGAGUCCAAUGAAAUGAAUUAUUUCGUUCAUUUGUUUUAAUCCCUCUUUGUUCUUCUGUUUGAUUUGUUGUUGUUGUUGUUGUUUUUACUGUGAUUUGCUAAAUUUUCUUUUCUUUUCUCAUUUUUCCCCUUCUUUUCAUUCGUUAUUUUUCGCGACGCAGAAGAGAGAAUAUCUUUUAUUUUUUUUUAUAAAUCAACUCAGUCUUUAUUUUUCAUUUUGCCGUGAAACUCUAUCGUUGUAAUGGAGACGAAAGCUGAACUUCAUAGAAUUUGUUUCCAUAGAAGUGUAAACAAACGUUUUGCUUUUCUCUGGUAGGCUGAAAAUUUUACCGAGGAGGAGGUCCAAGGUAAGUUCGCCAAGUGUUCAUUCACGAUCCAUUCAUCUAUCCAUCCAUCCAUUCAUGUAUCAAUAUGUCUGCAUGUAUCCACCAGUCUGUCCGGCCGUCUAAAAGUAUGUCUGUACAUCCAUCCGUCUGCCUGUCUACCUGUCUGUCUUUCAACCUAUCUUUUUGCCUAUUUAAAUAAAUUCAUUGUUUUGUUUGACUAGAGUAUAAAGAAGCAUUUCAGCUGUUUGAUAAAGAUGGCGGUGGUACCAUUAGCAUCAAGGAAUUGAAGCAAGUGUUCGAGGCGUUGGGUCAACAUCCUUCUGAAGAAGAAGUGCAGAAAAUGAUCUCGGAGGUCGAUGAGGAUGGUGAGGUUAAGUGACGUAUAUAUAUUACCGAGAGGAUUGGGGAGAGGGCUGGGAGUUCAGUUGACACUUACAAUCAAGCGACUGUGGAGCGCUUUUCCUUAGUACUUGGCUCAUAUGAAAGUUAUCCGGAACAUGACAGUUUUGUCUUCGAUGUGAAGCGUAACUCUUUUGAUUUAGUCUAGAUUUAGUCGAUUAGGGUUUAAUCGGCAGGAUCAAUUUCUAGUUGAGAGUCCAAAGUAAUCUAUGAUUGCUUUGGUUUUGCUUAGGUUUUGUGAUUAGUAUUCAAAACACUUCACGCUUUUAACCAAUCGGGUUUUGCUUUACUAGACCCUUUAAUUGGUUAAGAAAAUAGUUGCCUUUUAUCCAUUUCGUUUUCUUUCUUUCUUUUUUACUUUUUUGUUCUUAAAGUACCAUUGUUUUUUGUUUUUUUCACUGCGUUCGUUUGUCCUGACAAAAUUCAUCGAAGCGUGCUCUAAAUUGCGACGGGCACGCUAAAGAAUCAAAUACAUUUCAAGAACGGUUGCCUAGUAACAAUGUAUAGUUGAAGUAGAACUUAAUUAUAUGCUAUAUACUUGUACAUUUGUCUAAGUAUUCCUUUCUAUCCUCCAGGAAGUGGCGAAAUAGAUUUUGAAGAGUUUCUAAAAUUAAUGGCAGCCAAGCAAGCAAACAUGACAAUGGAAGAUGAACUAAGAGGUGCAUUCAGUGUCUUUGAUAGAGAUGGAAGUGGAUACAUCUCAUCACAGGAGCUUAAACAGGUCAGCGAAGAGCCAGCCUCUUUCUAUCCAUGAGUUACCGGAAAUUGUAUUUUCUUUACUUUCUUUUCAGCCAUCAACAGAAAAAAAAAACUUUUGCAGCAGGAGAUUAUCAUAGUUUACAAUUUAUUGUCAACAAUUAAUCUAGUCACUUGCUGAGUCAUCUCCACUGACUCAGCAAAUGACAAGGGAAACUAGUGUACGUACGCCUUCUCGUACGUUGCUAUUUGAAUACGUCAGUUCAAUCAAUUUUUCUUUUCUAAUUCUAUUAGUUCUAAUUCCUCUGGCUUAGUGUUACUUAUAGUAGCCUGACUGUCACUAUAAGGAUAUCCUGUUAGACCGAAUUACAUCAAUAGGUUGGGUUACUCUCGCAGCAUUCAUUUGCACAUCUUCAAAACGAUUUUUAGGUCUUAGAGAAUCUCGGCGAGUCACUGACUUAUGAGGAGGUUGACGAGAUGAUGAAGGAAGCCGACCUGGACUGCGACGGACAAGUCAGCUUUGACGGUAAGAAGGACUUCCUUUAGACAGGAGCGUACGGUGAAAACAUCAACUAUUAAGCAGUCAUGUCUGUCGGUCAUGCGCAAAUCAUUUUAGCUUGGUUUACCAUUGGUUACACAAAUACGUGAGUAUUGUGUACUGCAAAUGUGUUUGAAUUAUGUCAACUCUACUCUUAUGAGCUCACUAUCUGGAAUCGAACUCAGAAAUACAUUUCAAGCUCCAAUGGCCAAUCAGAACUAGCCAAAAUAUUUCAAGAAGGUAACGCAAACUCGAUCAAUAAUCAAGCAAACCACAAGAAAUGCGGGAAAACGCACGUGACUCAGAUGCCGAUGGGUUUCAGUUUUGCAUCUGAUUGGUUAAGAGACAUGGUGGCGUGAGUUUUCUCGAACCAAUCACAUAGCGAAAUAAAACAUAUUCGAUGCAAUCAUCGAUUACUCGCGACCCUCAUUUGACAUUUACCCAAGGUUCUCUAUCUUGGCACAAUCAAAUUUGGGAGAAACUCAGAAUUGCUGCUGCAAAGUACCACCUUAAAAGAAAAGAAAUGAGUCUCAUUAGGUACGCUCUGCAGGUCGUUAAAUCCAAGGUCUUUCUUAUCUUAAGGUAAUUGACUGCUUAACUGUAGGUUAUUUUAACUUAGCUUUAAGGCAAAGCGUUUAAUUUGUUACGUUGUUUCUUUUCAUUUCAGAGUUUGUGAAGAUGAUGAGCAAUGUCAACAAAUAGAAACAGAUGAUAAAUUCUUUUCCUGCCAAAUUUCUGUUUGCCUCAUAUAUAUGUGUGUGUGUGUGUCUUUUGUUUGGGUGUUCUUGUUUGUGUUUUCACGUGUAUGUGUGUAUGCAGGGGGGUGAAGCGGAAGGAGGUGCUUUUACCCUCUCUUCUUGUCUUCUAGUUAAUGGCUGGUCACAGUGCACUGCAGCUGUUAUACUCUCUUCUACAGAUAAUUAUGGUUUAAGACAAUAAAGAACAAUUUGCCCAAUGUAGUUCUGUAAAAAAGGAUGAAAACUUAGUAGAUAGUUGUUAAAAAUUUAGACGCCUUUCGUGAGACACGUUGUCCUCGCUUCUGACUUGGGCGGUGACCUCCUGAAGGAAAGCACAUUAUAUGAAACCUUCGAUUUCAACAUCGAAGAUAAGUCGAGAUACGGUGCGUUAGACACGAUUGUUGAUUCAUGCCUUUUAAUAUCUGUCUUGAUAUUCAGAAAUUGGACUUUUCCGGAGAAUUCUUUGAGCGAACUUGAAAAUUACUGGUUUUUGUACGAGCUCUUGAUUGAACACUUUUAGCAGUGCCAGG